AUGUUGUAUGUUCCGAAAUCCUGCGUUCUACCACCUCCGCCCCGAUAUCCUAUCGGUGGCCCUUACAGCGCAACCGGUAUCACAGGCAUCGUGCCCAUGAUCGAGACGAACAAUACCAUUUCAAACCCUACUGGACCCGAAUGGCAGUUUCUGGUGGGAGAAGGUACCUACGUCCUCAAAGAAGAUUUACAUCUUGCGACGCCUCCUCCACAUCCGUCCGAAGCUCCCAUCGUGAACCCGAAUCCCCUAGCUACGAACCCGCAACCCGCAUCGGUUGGCACAAAAAUGACACUGGUCCGUAUUCAGUCUCGGCCACCACCGUUCUUCUACAGAGGCCCAGCCGCGACUACAUUGUCGCUGGGAGGAACUAGUUCUAGUGCACAGGACCAGCCUGGAGACGCCAGGUAUUCUACCGAAGGCGGGAUGAGUAGCGAGGAUGGUAGAGGCACUUCUACCAGCGAUGCACCAAACUCUGUGAUGUUAGGGUCCACUCCAGCAUUUGGCGAGGGAAAUUCUCUGUUGGUGCCAUCACACACGAAAGACGUGAAUAAGCGGAAGAAGCCAAAGAACAAUGUGACGAAGAGUAAUUCGUCUUUUAUCUCGCGAGUCAUUGUCAAUGAGAGUUUGUCAAGGAGAAUGACCGAUAGGCCAGGCGAUGGCAUUUUUGCUUUUGCCAACAUCAACCGUGCCUUUCAAUGGCUGGAUCUGUCGUCACCAAACAAGGCAAGUCAAGACUACUUUACUAAGAUUUUGUUUACCAAGGCGCAUUGUUUGUGCCAUGACGUCAACAUGGUAACCAAGGGAGCUUCGCACAUUGAUGUGAUUUUGGGAUUUUCAACUGGAGAAAUUAUUUGGUGGGAACCGAUUUCACAGAGAUACACCCGCAUGAAUAAGAAUGGCGUUAUCAACAACACGCCGGUGUCCCAUAUCAAGUGGAUUCCAGGCUCCGAGAAUCUAUUCCUGGCAGCACACAUGGACGGGUCUUUGGUCGUCUAUGACAAGGAAAAGGAUGAUGCUCAGUUUACCCCCGAGGAGGAGGAGCCAAGUGUGAACGGUAGCGAAUCCGGUGAUGGGCAGAACGGAGUGAAGCCUGGAACCAAAAUGCACAUCAACAAGUCUGUGCACUCACAAAACCAAAAGACAAACCCUGUCGCGGCAUGGAAGUUAUCGAAUCAGCGAAUCAACUCAUUUGCCUUUUCUCCAGACAACCGCCACCUGGCAGUGGUUUCCGAGGACGGAACUUUGAGACUGAUUGAUUAUCUUAAGGAAGAGCUCCUGGACUUGUUCUUCUCCUACUAUGGAGGACUCACAUGUGUCUGCUGGACACCUGACGGAAAGUAUGUCUUAACUGGUGGUCAGGACGACUUGAUUUCGAUCUGGUCGGCGGCAGACUCAGCGUUGGUUGCCAGGUGCCAGGGUCACCAGUCUUGGGUAUCAUCAUUAGCAUUUGAUCUUUGGAGAUGUGACGAGCGCAAUUAUCGCUUUGGAAGCGUUGGUGACGACGGCCGCUUGUGUCUUUGGGAUUUCAAUGUUGGCAUGCUCCAUCGGCCCAAGGCCUCCGCAAGACAGCGCGGCUCAGUUUCAGGGCCCUCUGGUAUUUCGCCACGAAGUGAGGCAGCCAGUCCACUGGGCACGCGACUGAGGUCGAACUCUGGGUUUGACGCAGAUGAAGACGAAGAUGGCAUCUCUCAUGCUGUUGAGCCAAGAUCCCGAAUUCCCAUCUUGCCACCGGUUCUUUCGACUGUAAUUGAUACUCACCCCGCGUGCUGGCUCGAUUUUACCGAGGAGGCAAUUAUCACAAGCUGCAAGGAUGGACACGUUAGAACCUGGACUCGACCAGGCGCAUCUGUUUGA